CCCCUUCGCGCGGAACGGCCAGUCACUCUUUGCCUUGGAAGAGCAGGAACGUCCCCUCUGGAAUGCCUCUCCCAGACCCCCGCCCCAAGCGACUGAAAAAGGAAACAUGCGCACUUCAGAGCUAGGAGCUGUCCGAGUGCUGAAAUUUAUAGGCUCGGAAACUAGAUUCCUGCCAGAUUUUGAGUCUGGACAAUAAAUAGAUACUUUGUCCUAGCUUCUUUCUGGAAUCAUUUCGGGAAUAUUUUCCACAAGCAUCACAGAUACAGGAAUGAACCGGCAGCUAGUGAACAUUUUGACAGCCUUGUUUGCAUUUUUCUUAGAGACAAACCACUUCAGAACCAAGAGAAAUGGAACAUAUAGCAAUAAUGCUAUGAGUACUGGGAAAACCCACUAUGUUCCUUUCAGGUUCACACCUCCUACUAUGAUUAAGAAAAACUGUAGGCUGGGUUUUAUUAGAAUCAUCAUCAUCAUCAUCUUCAUCACCACCACCAUCACCAUUAUAAUCAAAUAAUACUUGAUUAAUCAGAUGAAUCUGCAUAUGGGAAUGGCAGCUUUCUGCAAAGACCAUGACUCCAGGUCUGGAAAACAACCUUCGCAGACCCUAUCUCCUUCAGAUUUCUUGGACAAAUUAAUGGGAAGGACAUCAGGAUAUGACGCAAGAAUCAGGCCAAAUUUUAAAGUUUUGGAUCAGUCACAGAAACCACCAUGGACUACCGAGUGAAUAUUUUUCUGAGACAACAGUGGAAUGAUUCACGGCUGGCUUAUAGCGAGUACCCUGAUGAUUCUCUGGACUUGGACCCAUCGAUGCUGGACUCCAUUUGGAAACCAGAUUUGUUCUUUGCCAAUGAGAAGGGGGCCAACUUCCAUGAUGUCACCACCGACAACAAGUUGCUUCGCAUUUCAAAAAAUGGCAAAGUGCUCUACAGUAUCAGGCUCACCUUGACCUUAUCCUGUCCCAUGGACUUGAAGAAUUUUCCAAUGGAUGUCCAGACGUGUACAAUGCAGCUGGAGAGUUUUGGGUACACGAUGAAUGACCUGAUAUUUGAGUGGUUAAGUGAUGGUCCAGUUCAAGUUGCUGAAGGAUUGACACUGCCUCAGUUCAUUCUGAAAGAAGAGAAGGAGCUCGGCUACUGCACAAAGCACUACAACACUGGAAAGUUUACCUGCAUCGAGGUUAAGUUUCACCUGGAACGCCAGAUGGGAUAUUACUUGAUCCAGAUGUAUAUACCCAGUCUGUUGAUUGUCAUUUUGUCCUGGGUCUCUUUUUGGAUAAACAUGGAUGCAGCCCCUGCCAGAGUUGCACUGGGCAUCACGACAGUCUUAACGAUGACCACCCAGAGUUCAGGCUCCAGGGCAUCUCUGCCAAAGGUCUCCUACGUAAAAGCGAUUGACAUCUGGAUGGCAGUGUGCCUUCUGUUUGUGUUUGCAGCCUUACUGGAAUAUGCAGCAGUGAACUUUGUCUCCAGGCAGCACAAGGAGUUUCUGCGGCUCCGGAGAAGGCAGAAGAGGCAGAAUAAGGAAGAAGAUGUUACUCGUGAAAGUCGUUUUAAUUUCAGUGGUUACGGGAUGGGUCACUGCCUUCAAGUGAAAGAUGGAACGGCUGUCAAGGCCACACCUGCCAGCCAGCUCCCACAGCCCCCCAAAGAUGCAGAUGCCAUCAAGAAGAAGUUUGUAGACCGGGCAAAAAGGAUUGACACGAUUUCUCGAGCUGCCUUCCCAUUGGCCUUCCUCAUUUUCAACGUCUUUUACUGGAUCACAUACAAGAUCAUUCGGCAUGAAGAUGUCCACAAGAAAUAGAUGUGCUCUUCAGACCCUGGGACCUUCUUGCCUAACUGUUGUGCUUGUAAAUACACAGUGAAAUUGUCUUUACAUCACUUUGACAGAGGAGAAGACUGGGGGAGGGGGGAGGGAGG